AUGGCGCUAGGCCCAUAUACCAACCUACGCGUCACCCGCCACGACUCCGUCUUCGUCCUCACCCUCGCCAAAGCGCCCGAAAACCGCAUCAACGUCGCCUUCGCCCAAGAAAUAAUACGCGCCUUACGCGACAUUGAGCGAGAGCUCGGCCCCGAUUCAGACGGGUGUGUGAUAACAAAAGGCGCCGAUCAGAAGUUUUGGUGCACAGGGCUGGAGCUCGAUGAACUCGAAGCGAACCCUUUUGCCAACAACGAUGGCUUCUUUCCGCUACUCGCCACGCUCCUCGAUUACCCGUUUCCGACUAUUGCGUUAUUGACGGGACAUACGUUUGGGGGCGCGUGUCCAUUCGCUUUGGCGCACGAUUAUCGUAUUAUGAACUCUGAGCGCGGGUUCUUUUCUAUGCCGCCUGUGAAUCUGGGGGUUUCUUUCCCCGGGAUAGGGUUUCUACCGAGGUUGAAGCUGGGGCCGCAGGUUGCAAGGAAGAUGCUGCUUGAGGCACAUCGCUGGACAAGCAAGGAGGCAUAUGCGGAUGGUAUCGUGGAUGAAGUUGCAGCGCCCAAGGAGAUGCUGGAUAUGGCACUGAAGAAGGCGAGGGAGAUACAGGGCAGGGCGAAGAUGGGCGUUUAUAGCGUGCUCAGAAAUGAGCUAUGGGGCGAGGCAGCUGAGAAGAUUAGGGGUAUAUGUUAUGUACAUGGUACGAGGGUUACUUCACCUGCGAAGGCUAAGAUGUAAUCCUUUUCUGUUAGCACAUCUUUAGCGCAUAAUACCUACCUAACG